UUUACCCUGUUAGACCAGGUGGAACCAGCAGCCAUGGCGCACUGCAAGGAUGGAACAGACUGAGAGAGCAACGUAAGCUGCUGGACCUGUUGAUGAAUAGAAUGCUAAAAUUACAAUUCCUAGACUGACUUCUCGCUUAAAACAAGAGAGACGACUUUCUCAGGCUGGAAAAUUGCUCCUCAGAUGAUUUUAUAGAGGAAAAACUGUGAAAGCAGAGAGGCGCUGAUCAGUUUCCCUGAAGCUCACCGCUCCGCUUUUUCUAAGGCAGCUGAACAGACAUGUAACGGGUAACUUUCCCCGUUGCAUUACUUCCUGAGAGGAAUCUCUGCUUGCAUAUUGCGUUACACAUUUGUGAGUAACGAGCCCCGACGCUGACGAGCGGCCGUGCGUCUUGGAGAGGGCAGGGACGCCGGAGACGCGCAACGGCAUCAGCAUCAGCAGCAGCGCAGUCUGUUUGGAGCCACCGGUUGAGAUCACUGAACACUCCCAGCCAGCAGCCUGUCUGAGCGGACUGACGGAUACAGCAUCGACGACCUCCGUGUCUCUGACAUCUUUCCUCGGAACCAACCAUGGACGCCCUCCUCGGCCCCCGGAAAACACGCGAAAGCGACGGAUGAGUGAGCUCGGAGAUGCUGCGCACCACGGAGCUCUCGUGAACAGGACUGUGGGUGUGUGUGCGCGUCAGGCUCGCCGUUACCUCCGGACUGCACUCGCCAACUUCCCCCGCUUUCCAUCAAGUCAUGUCUGAUACAGAGCGAUGGGCAAGUUUGACGACAACGAGAGGAUAAUCCUCAACGUCGGGGGCACCAGGCACGAAACCUACAAAACCACCCUGAAGACCCUGCCGGGGACGCGACUGGCCCUGCUCGCCUCCGACUCGGACAUCGACUCCGUGCUGGAUCAGCUGCAACAAGUCCCCGGCUUCAUCGAGUACAACGCGCGAACCAACGAGUACUUCUUCGACCGCCACCCGGGCGUCUUCGCCUACGUGCUCAACUACUACCGCACCGGGAAGCUCCACUGCCCGGCGGAUGUGUGCGGACCGCUGUUCGAGGAGGAGCUCUCCUUCUGGGGCAUCGAUGAGACGGACGUGGAGCCCUGCUGCUGGAUGACAUACCGGCAGCAUCGGGACGCGGAGGAGGCUCUGGACGUGUUCGAGCUCAACGUGGACAACGGAGAGGAGGACGACGAGAUUGGGAAGAGGCUGGGCAUAGAGGAUGUGGCUGCCGACGGGAAUGUGAGCCUGUGGAGAAAGUGGCAGCCGGUGAUCUGGAAUCUAUUCGAGGAUCCGUACUCCUCCAGGGCGGCGAGGUUUAUUGCCUUUGCAUCUUUGUUCUUCAUCCUGGUCUCCAUCACCACCUUCUGCUUGGAGACCCAUGAGGCUUUCAACAAAAUCAUCAACAAGACGGAGUCGGUGCGGAACAGCAGCGUGCCUGACUCGGGUCCGCAGUACGAGAUUGAAACUGACCCUGCGCUCACGUAUGUGGAGGGUGUUUGUGUCUUCUGGUUCACCAUCGAGUUCCUGGUGCGUGUGACCUUCUGCCCAGUGAAGUUGGAGUUCGUUAAGAGCGUUCUCAACAUCAUCGACUUUGUGGCCAUCCUGCCUUUCUACUUGGAAGUAGGGCUCAGUGGCCUUUCUUCAAAGGCUGCCAAGGAUGUGUUGGGUUUCCUCAGGGUGGUGCGUUUUGUUCGUAUCCUGCGUAUCUUCAAGCUAACACGUCAUUUCGUGGGGCUUAGGGUGCUGGGCCACACGUUACGGGCUAGUACCAACGAAUUCCUGCUGCUCAUCAUCUUCCUAGCAUUGGGAGUGUUAAUUUUUGCCACCAUGAUAUACUAUGCUGAACGAAUUGGUGCAAAGCCCAAUGACCCCACUGCAAGCCUCCACACCAAGUUCAAGAACAUCCCCAUUGGCUUCUGGUGGGCCGUGGUAACCAUGACUACACUGGGCUAUGGUGAUAUGUAUCCAGAGACCUGGUCAGGCAUGGUGGUGGGUGCGCUGUGUGCUUUAGCUGGCGUGCUGACGAUAGCCAUGCCUGUGCCCGUUAUUGUCAAUAACUUUGGGAUGUACUAUUCCCUGGCCAUGGCCAAGCAGAAGCUGCCCAAGAAGAGGAAGAAACACAUCCCACAGGUGGUGCAAGGAGGGUCCCCCACCUACUGCAAAGCUGAUCUCAACACCACCUGCAACAGCACUCAAGGUGACCUGUGCCACGUCAAAGGGAGCAGGGUACUAGAACGCAACCGCUCAGUCCUGUCAGCAGACUGCAGUGGGGGCAGCGACCUCACCAUGUCCCCAGAGGAGAGGGUCCCCAUGCGAAGGUCCAGCACCCGGGAACAGGACCGCCGGAGUGGGGGGACGUGUUUCUUGCUUGCUGCGAGUGACUACACCUGCCCUGCAGACGGAGGGAUGAGAAAAACAGGCUAUGAGAAAUCCCGGAGCUUAAACAACAUAGCGGGCAUGACUGGCAUGGCUGGUAACGCCCUGAGGUUGUCUCCUGUGACCUCGCCCUACGGAUCACCCUGCCCGCUGCGGCGCUCUCGCUCCCCCAUCCCCUCCAUCCUGUGAGACCUCCAACCUCGGGCCACUUUGACCCGAACCACCCCACAUCCAACCCCCUAACAAACCGCCUCCCUUUGGCAUCAUAUCUGAACUCUGUUCUAGAUAUUGUGACUAGUGGAUAAGUACUUACCAUUGUAGCUAAGACUAAUGUUAAUACAACCUGAGCAAGUCCCCUUUUCCUUGAAGGUCAUGUGCUUAGCUGAGAUCCUUAAGUAACUAGUCAGUUCUCCUGUGUCACUUGGAGUUCCCUUUAGUUGGAUAUUGUUGUACUUUUAGAAUUGCAAUAAAAGAACUCUGACUGGUGGCUUCAGAAGUAGCAGCCAUAACAUUUAAUAAAAAAAACACAUAUUAAUAAUCAGGGAUAUUAGAUGUUGCUAUGUUUAGAUACCUUGAAACAGACGUGCUUCCAAAAAAAGAAAGAGAGAUGUCACUUCAUGUUAACCUCAUACGACUGUGACUUUGUCUGUACUUUAUUUUUGGCUAGAAGAUAAGAAGUGCGGGGAUGGAAGGUCAGUCUUUCAGGAUUUUGUUUCAACUCACACAACGCACACGUGCAGUUUGUCACUCUUCACCCUCUGCUGGGCCUUGCUCUUGUUUUUGCAUGGAUCAUCCUGUAACCAUCGUCUGCAAGCAGUGUGGCGAGGGGAGGAGGGCCGAGACAGACAGCCAACAGAGGAUUUGUAUCGACAGCACAUAUACAUGAAGGAGCAUUUUUAAUUAAACGUUAUUGUGUUGGGGUAUGGGAGGGGAGGGGUGCACUCAACUUGUAUCGUGUCUCAUUUUGCCAUCGGCUUUCACCAACAAACCAACAAGGAGACUAAACACACAGAAUGCCAGCCGGGUGUUCGUUUCUCUCUGCAUGUGGGUUUCUGCUCAUCUGCUGCUAAUUCUGAUUAACUUUCUCCCCCUCCUCCUUCAUGUUGAUUUUUUUUCUUUGACGGAGUGCCACCAAAGCUGUUGUGUUUCUGGUUGUUUACUCACAGAUAACUGCAAAGAGGUUGUCUUUACUGGUUUCACACAAGCAGAGAGCAGCGUUCUAUCUUAAUGGCUUGAGGGAAGGAACCGCCAUGGCGGAAAGGUAACCGUCUGAAAAAAGGUGUGAGGGUCAGAUUGCAGAGCAGCACCCUCUCACCCCAUUGGUCAUGAAUUAUGAUUUGUGUUUUUGUGUGCUAAAAUGGGGGUUAUUCAAUAAUCUUUAAAGAGAGAUACAUGUAUGUGGCUGCAGAGACGAGCACAGUCUCUGACAAACAUUCACUCUUAAAGGCAUCGAUAAAGAUGCAACUUGUAGCAUUUUUCAUACUAAACAAACAAGGCCUUAAUUAAAGGUCCCAUACCAAACAUGCUUUAACAACUUAAUAACCCUAAUCUGUAUCCACUCUGUCCAGUCAGUGACAGAAAUGAGCCCUGAGGAGGAGGGAUUAGUUGGGGGCGGAGCUUAUCCUGUUGUGACAUCACAACGGGAUCCAAACAGCUCAGUCAGAGACACACUUUGUAAACUCUGCAAAAAGGAAAGGCAAGGGGAAAAAAACACGGGGCUAGUUGUUUUUCAUGUUUUGUGAGAUUAUAGACAAGGAAUGCACAAUUUAGUUCAAAAACCAUUUAAAAACUGCGUUUUGCAUAACAUGGCCCUUUAAAGAGAAAACAUGCAUUUUCCCCCAGGUUUGGCUGAUGAUUCAAAAGUGGAUUUUUUGCGAUACAGAAACAGAUCUGUGACUUUUUAUUUCAGCUUUCCUCUUUUAAACGCACUUCAUACCAGCCAAGGGCUAUUAACUGCUCUCAAAUCCCCAAACUCGACAGACUAGACCUGAAUUAGCUUAAAACAGUUUGGAGUGUCUCACAUCAAAUUUCAUAUUAAACUGAAGCAGCCUUUUGGUUCAGCUGAAAGGCUGCUUCAUUUGUUAUUGAUGAGACCUUUUUUUUCACCAUGACAGGCAUAAAUUGCCUCGAUACACCAACAGGUGUGGGACGGCAGACAUAACCAUGCAGCAUUGUGCCUCACCCGUCCCUACAGUAUGUCUAUACCAGUAGCAGAAGGUUGCUUAGCAACUGGCUCACAGCUAGAUGCAUCUUACACAUAGCUCGGCAAAAAGUCAAACAAUUAAAAAAGCUCUCACAAACAUUCUCUUUGUCUGUGCACCAAAUUAUUGAAUCAGCCCCCAUUUCAACCACUGCAGUAUACAACAGAGCUUUUCUCAUUCUGGCUUAUAUAGCGCCAUUGAUUUGUACUGUUUUCAUUUGUGUGCAUAUAUCUAAAGCAGCCGAUGUGUGCAUGGCAAUGUCUUCUGAUUUGGUGCAGACAGAUGAUGCAUUUCUGUUAUUUAGAGUUGUGUUUAUAUUUUAUUUAGACAAUUCAUUUCCUAUUUGAAUGACGGUGGGAUAAGACUGUCAUCAGUAUGAGGACCUAUUGCAGUGGGAAGACCCCAUUUGGAGCCAUAAGGCCACUCCUACAGGACAAUAUGGAUGAGGACGCACGCAAAAGCCACUGUCUGACAGCCGCCCAGCUCAUGGCUCAGCAAGCAGGAGAGGAAUCUAACGAUCAAAAGGAGAUCUGCGAGGACUUUGCAUUCACAAUUUCCUGAUUUCUCUUUACCUGUUUUUGAACUCUGGAGAAAAAAAAGGAGAGCAAAGCAAACAGGACACAUCCUUUAAAGAGACUAUCUUCUGUAUAGAUAUCGCUCCUGUAAAUAUGACAACAACACAGCACACCUGGGCCAAGUGGCUCCGUCCACACAUCUGUCUUUUGAUAGCAAGUCAAGUAACAAGGUGGUUGGUUGCUAAGUUGCUAAGUCAAUCACUUUUCUUGCUGUGGUAUCCCUCCUCGCAAUAAGUGUAUUAAGAUGUAUCAGUUGAGGCACUUUGUGUUCUAAAAAUGGAGUGUAUUCAUAUAUGAAAUUCUACAUACAGUAUAUACAGUAUAGAGAGACAAAUGUGCUAAGUUGAAUAAAUGUGACAUUGUGGUCAUCUCUGCUUUCGUUUCCCUUGGUAAUUUCAGUAGGUUAAUUGCUCUGCUGUGUGUUAAUGUGUGUGUGUGUGUGUGUGUGUGUGUGUGUGUGUGUGUGUGUGUGUGUGUGUGUGUGUGUGUGUGUGUGUGUGUGUGUGUGUGUGUGUGUGUGUGUAUCCUAAAACUCCAGGGUAAGAUCUGCAGUUUGAAAGACCAGGUCAGCAAAGACCAGUGAGUGAACUCAAAGCUGUCACUCUUCCAGUUGGGUUUAACACGAAUGAGACAGAUUUCCCCUGUGAUGCAGCUGCCGUUGUAGAAGUCCCCCUUAAGGUGCAUUUAACAUGCAACUACCCUGCGUUAGUGCUGCAGAUGUUUGUCUCUUCACAAACCAAAUUAUUCUUACCAGACUAUUCCUCAUAACUCCUGGUGGCUAAAAAAAAAAAAAAUACUGCAUAACUUGAUUCUUCCAAACUUUUCCCCUCUGUGGGGGCGGAGCAAAAGUGUAGCAGAAGUUUACCAAGUUAUAAAGCGGGACUUCUAGAAUGGCUACGUCUGCACAGUAGCAAACCCCAUGUACCCAAACAAUCAGAUCGGAUUUGCAAUAAGCACCCGAAAACAAAAAGCGCCGAUCCACACUGUGAUUUCAGCAGCCCGUUCAGACACGAAGGCAGAUGGAAAAUGGAGUGAAAACACAAAUGUGCAAGUGGCACAGCAUAUUGUGUGUCGUGUUGGUUGCGACCUGCACAGUUGUAGGCUAGCUGUUCAAGUGUCACCCUGUACCCACAAUCCUCCUUGUGUACACACGCUGCUUUACUCUUUGAACUGACAAAGGGGUACCGUUCUUUGUGUAUUUCUAGGAUGAUGUUGUAACUUGAAAAAAAAAGGUGUUUAUUUUUUUUAAUCCAGAACAUGUAUUUUUGUGUCUUACUGUUGAGUACAUUGCUCUUACCUGUAAAAGUCAUGGUAGUCUGAUGCUGUGCUUCUCCAUCGUGUCCUCAAACUGUCAGGAUUUUGAUCCGAGUUCAUGUUUUGUAUGUUUUACUGUGAGGAAAAUUCUAGUUUGAAGUCUGUAUUUGUGGAGCCUUUUGUUGGCAUUCUAAAGUGCAUGCUGAAAAAAAAACAUGUCGAAUUGUAAAAAAAGAAAAAAUAAGAUGACAUACUGUAUAUCACGUUCAGAACAAUGUGUAUAGAGUAAAGGUAAAUGCUAUGUGAGAGAUUCACAUAAACUAUUUAUCUUUUA